AUGGGCCGACACACCCCGACCCACCACUACUAUCACCAUCAACAACAGCAGGUAUACUCUGUGUCGCAGCGAUUCUUCAGCUCGUCCCGCGAUUCACUUCAAGGGGCUUAUGUGAACCGAGGGGCGAGUGAGCUGGAUCUGAGGGGAAAAACGAGACGGAAGGACCACCUGAGAGGGAGAUUCAAACUCGCGAAUGCCGUCACACUAGCUUCGUCACGAGACACGUCACAUCUCCAUACGCCAGCCUCCGUCAACCACCUCAACAGCAACACCAGUUGCAAUGGCACGGAAACCAGGUACAGUGCUCAUCAACAACAGCAGCAACGUGGUAGCAGGGGAUUUCCUGGUCAACCUGGCUCGAGAGGCUUCCGCACUGGAGCCCCGAAUUGGUCCUUUGUCUUUGAUCCUGCGGGACGUCUGUGCUACUAUUGGUCGAUGGUGGUCUCGCUUGCCUUUCUCUACAAUUUCUGGGUCAUCAUCUAUAGGUUUGCCUUCCAGGAGAUCAACGGUGAAACUUUAUUAGUGUGGUUCUGCCUCGAUUACUUGUCGGAUUUUCUGUAUUUGGUGGACAUAGUCUUUCACUUUCGUACGGGUUAUCUCGAGGAUGGUGUUCUACAAACAGACGCCACAAAAUUGAGAACCCAUUAUAUGAACAGUACUACGUUUUACAUAGACUGCCUGUGCCUGUUGCCUCUCGACUGUUUAUACUUAUCUAUAGGAUUUAACAGUAUUCUCCGAAGUUUUAGGCUCGUUAAAAUUUACCGGUUCUGGGCGUUCAUGGACAGAACUGAGCGACACACAAAUUAUCCAAAUUUAUUCCGCUCCACAUCAUUGAUCCAUUACUUACUGGUGAUCUUUCACUGGAACGGGUGCCUCUAUCAUAUUAUUUAUAAAAACAAUGGUUUUGGGAGCAAGAAUUGGGUUUAUAAGGAGACGAAAUCGGCAGACGUAGUCGACCAGUACCUGCAGAGUUACUAUUGGUGCACACUAGCACUCACAACAAUUGGUGAUCUUCCAAGACCAAGGAGCAAAGGAGAAUACUUAUUCGUGAUAGCUCAGCUGCUAUUUGGACUGCUUCUUUUCGCAACGGUACUUGGCCACGUGGCCAAUAUCGUCACAUCCGUUAGUGCUGCCCGGAAGGAGUUUCAGGCCAAACUGGAUGGAGUGAAAACGUACAUGCGGAUGAGGAGGGUGCCGAAUCAUCUUCAGGUCAAAGUAAUCAAGUGGUUUGAUUACCUUUGGCUAACUCAGAAGUGCUCGGACGAGGAAAAAGCUGUUAGUUGUCUACCGGAUAAGCUGAAAGCGGAAAUUGCGAUAAACGUUCAUCUGGAUACGCUGAAGCGGGUGGAGAUCUUUCAAAAUACCGAGGCUGGAUUUCUUUGCGAGCUGGUUUUGAGACUGCGACCUGUUCUCUUCUCACCUGGCGACUAUAUAUGUCGAAAAGGUGAGGUGGGAAAGGAGAUGUACAUAGUAAACAGAGGUCGACUUCAGGUGGUAGCAGACAAUGGAAAGACGGUGCUCGCCACUCUAAAGGCGGGUUCUUACUUCGGGGAGAUCAGCAUUCUCAAUAUGGGGACCGCAGGUAACCGACGAACAGCCAGCGUGAGGUCAGUUGGCUACUCGGAUCUCUUCGUCCUCAGUAAAAAGGACAUGUGGGACGUCCUCAAAGAAUAUCCGGCCGCGAGGGUGCGACUGGAAGCCAUCGCUGUUAAAAGACUGGAAAAAUACAAGAGAGCUCCACUCGAAAAGGCUGCGAUGGGUAGAUGUCAGAGCACUCCAGGGUUGGUAGAGUCUAGAGGUCGGAUACCUUUAGAGGAAAUGUGGAUUUCGCCGAUCGAUUUGAGAUCAACCCAUCCGUUUUCAGUGAGCCAUUCGGUCUUCAGUCCAAGUCCAAGUCCUGUGCCAUCACGUGGUCAACAUAGUGGAAACAACAGUAGCAACCUGAACAGCAAUGCCCGGAACGUGGAUAGUCCAACCAGUGGAGCCAGCAGCCACAGCAGUGAAGACCCUACAGCCAGAGCAGCUCAUUUGGGAAUCACUCAAUUGUCCACUGGAAGACAGUCCUCUCAUUCUGGUAUGACCUGCAACAGCAUGACACAGUUGGUGAGCGAAAUCACAACACCUGUCCUCGGUAACCACGAUGUCCUCCUCGCGGAAAUCAAACGUCUGCGCGAACGACUCGUCUGCCUCGAAUCCGAAAAUGCCGCGAUGAGCGUCAAACUCAACCAGUCACAAUGGGAGGUAGAAAACCGGCUAAAAGAAAUUGAAUUGCAGAUCGGUGGUGCCAAAACACAGCCGCGGGAGCGCGGCAAGACAAAAAUCGAGCGGAUCCAUCGAUACCUCGAACAAUCAACCUUCAACUUAGAGGACAUCCUCGACGACGGCAGAAGCUCGAGGAUCGACGGUAGGUCCAGCGACACCAAAUCAAUCGGCAGUCUCAGCCAGAGGCUCUUCGAAAGUGACAACGAGGAGGACGACGAAAAAUACUUAGGAACCUGCAACGGUUAUUCCUCUCAUCCUGGGAGCAAGUCCAACCUCCUCCUUUGCAGCGAGUGUGAUUUUAAAUGCAGAAAGUGCUCCUACAGACCCCGAACGCCAAACGCUUUUGGAAAAUUCGUCGAGGAGCGACUGGAUCAUCCCCAAGCUUCGGAUCCUUGCAGCUGUGAUGAUCCCAGUGAUGAUCCUGAACAGCAGUGCAUCCACUGUGAAGUUUCUGAUCAGGAUGAUGGCGAUCUAAUUUGCUUUCGGUGCCAAAAUGACGAAUCUUCCAGGUGUGAUAAAUGCGAGAGGGAAGGUGGGUCUAGGAUUCGCUCCAUCGCAGCUUCUUUGAGUGAUGAGAGCAAGAGAAAAAUGAAAAUUCAGCUCAACAGCAGAACCAUUGACUUCGAUUCGGAUGAAACUGGAGAAAGUGAUCCUACAAAUGGAAUGGAGGAUGAAAUUACAACUGAAAGACUCGCGACGAUUGCUGAGGCCAAAGGCGACACGGCGAGUGAAAAUGGAGAGGACGAAAAUCCGAGGAAGAUGAAUGGAUCUUCGAAGUUUCUCAAUUAUAUGAUCGUCAUCUUUUUGUAA